AUACGCAUCGGCUAUCGGCUGUCAUCGGAACCGGUCGUUUUGAGACCGGUGGCUGUGUUUACUUUGUGAUUACGGAAUUUUUAUCAAAAAUGGCUUGUUGUAAAGGCGGGCCGGGGUAUGCGUCCCCACUUGACGCAUUCCGUAACGGCCCCAGGGAGGAAUUACUUUACGUUGUUUGUGUGCAACCAGACCAGACGAAACAGGACUAUCUCGCUACUGUCGAUGUAGAUCCUAAUUCACCUACAUACAGCAAGGUUAUCCAUCGUACAUACACCGGCAGUGUGGGAGACGAACUUCAUCAUAGCGGCUGGAACGUCUGCUCAAGCUGUUAUGACAACCCUGAACUCAAGAGGAACUUACUUAUAUUACCUGCUCUUCAUUCCUGUAAGGUGUUCACGAUCGACGUUGGCACUAACCCUCGCAAACCAGAGCUUCAUAAGGUAAUCGACGGCUCCGAGAUGAGGUCAUUCAACUGCAGUUUCCCGCAUACGGCACACUGUCUGGCGAGUGGUGAAAUUAUGAUUUCGACGAUGGGCGAUGAGAAUGAAAACGGAAAAGGGGACUUUGUGCUCAUCGACGCGAAAACAUUGAAAGUGACAGGGACGUGGACGAAGGGAGAGAAACUCGCCAAAUUCGGCUACGAUUUUUGGUAUCAACCUUAUCACGAUGUAAUGGUUUCCUCCGAGUGGGGUACUCCGAAGUUCUUUAAAACAGGUUUUCAUCCUGAUGACAUUGCUAACUCUGAAAGAUAUGGAACAUCCCUAAAUGUAUACAAAUGGUCUACCCGAGAGCUACAGCAAGUUAUAGAUUUAGGGAGAGAGGGAUGUGCUCCACUCGAAAUUAGAUUCCUUCAUGAUCCUAAAUCCGCAGAAGGAUUUGUUGGGUGUGCCGUCGAGGCCAACGUAUACAGGUUUUUUAAAUCUGACGAUGUAAAAUGGAGGACUGAAAAAGUUAUCGAUAUACCAGCCAAAACAGUUCUAAGGAAUGGUCUGGAAACAAAACUGAACGGUCUAAUAUCUGAUAUACUAUUAUCACUGGACGAUAAGUAUUUAUAUUUCUCAUGCUGGCUACAUGGUGAUGUGAGACAAUACGACAUAUCGGAUCCGAAGAGACCAAAGCUCACUGGUCGAAUCCAAUUAGGCGGUGACAUCGCAAACUAUGGUCUAAAAGUAAUCGAAGAUAAAGAAUUUAAGGAUGAACAGAAACCUGUUUGGGUGAAAGGAAAACAGUUGUUCGGCGGUCCCCAGAUGCUUCAACUAUCUUUAGAUGGAAAACGUCUAUACGUUUCUUCGUCUCUUUACUCGCCGUGGGACAAACAAUUUUACCCCCAAAUGGGGCAAGAGGGAGGCUGGAUAGUGAAGUUGGACGUCGACACGGUGAACGGGGGCAUAAAAUUGGAUCCAGACUUCCUUGUCGACUUUGGUAAAGAACCCAACGGUGCGGUACUGCCGCAUGAAAUGAGAUAUCCUGGAGGUGACUGCACUUCGGAUAUUUGGUUAGCUGAGGAUUAAAGCGAAAUGUAUAAACGAAGCUGUGCCAAUAUUUUUAUAUGCUAACAUUGUCCUUUUUAUUGUAAGCAAAAUAAUAUGCAUUUUAUCUGUAUGUAUACUAAAGGAAGAAAAUAAAGAAUUCUAAAAAGAGUAAGUAAUGUGUCAUACAAAUUUUUAGUGCUUUUUUAUGAAUAAAUAUAAUAAAAUUAUGAAUAAAUAUAUAAAAAA